AUGCGCAAGGUUAAAUGUGACGAAGAGAAGAACAGGGUCCAGGGCCUAGCAGAACCGCAGUGCAAGCGCUGCAAAUCGGCACGUAUCCGCUGCGAGUGGAAAGGUGGGCCUAUUCCGCGCAAGCGGACGGGGACUUCUUCACCGAUCUCGCAGAAGCCCCGAUCCAAAUCCCAACAGCUCAAUCACGAUGGGGGUAAUGAGUACGACUGGAAAUCUCCCAACGUGGAGCCUCAUGACGUGCAGGGUGACGGGGCGCUCCUCUCGCCCUUGCAACGUAUUGAUACUGAACAGCCGAGUGUCUGCCUGGAAGCUGCCAAUUCGCUGAAGAUCACUGCAGUGGACCGCGAAUGUAUCGAUUACCUUCGAACAUCCACAUUGGUGAUUGUCCUUGGGAAACACUGGCCUUGGUCGACCGUGUCCUAUGCAUAUCAUAAGAUUGCUGUCACACAGCCCAUGGUUAUGAGCAUGAUCUUGGCGAGUACCGCAAGGGAAAUCCAUAGAUUGCGUGUCAGUGAUGAUCAAUGUUUCUUGAGUGAUUCCAGUGCGUACGAGCCAUUCGAGUUGAGUGGCCAGGCACAUUAUGGCCAGGCAUUAUGGGCGCUCCGCCAGGCUCUCAAAGAGGAUGUCAAGUCGCCGCAGGAUAUAGAAGCUAUAUUCAUCACCCUAUGGCUUAUAAUUGAUUACGAAAACAGAUUUGGUGGCGGGGAACCUGCCAUUCAUAUCCAUAUACGGGGAAUAGAGACUAUGUUUCACAAUCAUGUUGCCCCUUUACUUCACAGCAUACCGCACAGCCCGGGCUCGUCAAUAGUACUUCCAAGUCCGACUUCGGCAUCUCUCCAACUUCAAAUGCCCGAGGACCGGAUAAGUGAAGACAUUGACUGGGUCAGUCUGGAGGACCCCUACCUAACAAGGACAGCAAACCUAUCUCCAGCCCAAAUAUCGCUGGACGGAUUAAGCAGUACUUCAGUCCCCCUCUUCCUGCUAUGGACCCUAUACUUCUUCACCCCCUUCCGCACAUGCAUUUGGUCCCGACAAUCUGCCUCCCGCUUCUGGGGCGAGGAUUACCCGUUGUCGGCCCAGUUGGAUGAGUUGGAGAAUCUUCCCGGUCUGACACUGUACCACCGCAGCCACGUCAUACAGUUCCGCAUUACCGAACUGUUCAACCGUGGUCCGACUGUAGACACGGAUAUUCAGGGUUCAUCCCAGUACCAGUGUCUAGUGGACGACAUCCAUAUCCUGACCAGCGUAAGUUCUGUGCGGGCAAAUCUUCCGAGCGGAUCGAAUUAA